UUAAAUGAAUAGAAUACCAAUCUUCAACAUGGUAUCAGAGCAAAGGCUCAUAAAAGAAUCAUCACCAGGCCAAAUCGGACUCGGAUUCACGGCAAAGAAUCAGCCACAACAACAACGACCAAACCCGCAGCCACCGCGAACCGCCGCACAACAACCAAACUACUGAGGGGGGUUCAAACCCCCCAAAUCUAAAUUGUGGUGCUCACACUGUGGGAAACACAAACAUACACGGGAUACAUGUUUCCUCCUCGUCGGAUUCCCAGGGUGGUGGGACGAGAACCAGAAAGCAAAGACUCGGCUGACAAUAGCGGAGGAUGGCGGCGGGAUUUUUCCGCAGGGGACGGGCAACCGAGAGCUCGCCGUCGCCGUCCAUGGGAGAGCAGGAGAAACCGGUCAGCAGCAGGGUGGCGACGGAAGACCCGGUGAGGCUGCUGGAAUUGGUGAGGCAGCCGAGAGGAAGGGAGGCGGCGCAUUUGGUGGAUAUCAGGACGAGGAGGAUAAUUGGGCGUGGCACUGAGCGUCAAGGUAUUUAUUAUGUGGAUGAGACUACUCAACAAGGUGGCACCGCGAUGCUUGCUCACAGAUCCGCAAAUCGGGAAGCUUGGCUGUGGCACCGCAGAGUGGGGCAUCCAUCAUCGGGUUAUUUAAAAAUGCUUUUUCCAAAGUUUUCUCAUUUUAAGGAUAUUACUUGCGAAUAUUGUGUUUUGGCAAAAAAACCACAGACAAUCCUUUAGAUCAAGUGAUACUCGUGUUAAGACUAUUUUUUCUCUAGUGCAUGCCGAUGUUUGGGGUCCAGCUCUUAUUGUUA